AUGGUUGGUGGUUAUAAGGCCCUUUGUUCGAAUUCUGAUUUUAGUGUUCAAGUGGGUUCUAUAGCUUGGGGAUUUUUCAGAAUACCGCCUCGUAGAGCUGCUAGCAGAAGUGUUGCCGAAUUAUUUGGACAAGCUUCUGCUACUAGGGAAGUAACCAUUGAAGAAGGAAUGGAAGUUCCUGUUGAAGGGGGGACAAAUGCGGAGGCAGCAUCAGGUGCCAACACCACCCCACCACCUCCUCCUCCUCCCUUUGCAGUACCAAAAGAGAAAACAGUGAUGGAAUUUAAGAGGUCUGGUCCACCCGCGUUUGAGGGCACUACUAAUCCUGAUGAAGUGGAAGUGUGGGUAGAGGAAAUGGAGAAGACGUUCGUAGUAAUGAAGUGCACUGAAGAAGAAAAGCUUAGGUUUGGGGUGUACAUGCUCAAGGGUCCGGCGAACCACUGGUACAGAGGAGAACUUCGCAUUCGUCAGGGGAAGGAGUUCGAAUCUUGGGAGCAACUGAGGGAAGCCCUUUUUUGUAAGUAUUUCACCAGGGACAAGCUGGUUCAGUUUGAGAGGAAGUUCAUUAAUCUGACUCAGGGAAGCAUGACUGUUGAUGAGUAUGAGAUGGAGUUUGACAGCCUUUCCAGGUAUGCUCCGAAAUUGGUUGAUGAUGACCAGAGCAGGGCCAGACGCUUCGAGGGAGGCUUGCAUGCACACAUUCGUCGUGGGUUAGCCGCUCUACACCUAACCAGCUAUGCAGAGUUUGUGGGGUGUGCUAAGUCCCUAGAUACUGUAUGGAGUGACACUAAGGAUCAGCAGAAGAGAUUUCUGAAGAAGAGAGAUAGAAGCUUUGAUAAUCAGGGAAACCGUCGGACUGGAGGUGGAGGAAAACCUAGGUUGGAUGCAGGGCAUAAUGCAUCACAGACUGUUAAUGGACCGCCAGCUCCACGAUCCGGGGGAUUCUCAUCUGUUCCCCCACAUGCUGGUCAGAAAGGAUGUGCCACUUGUGGAGGUGCUCAUGCGACCGCAGAUUGCAAGCGUACUACGGGAGUUUGCUUUAGGUGUGGUAGUUUAGAGCAUCGUAUUGCAGGAUGCCCACAACAAUAUUCUGGAGCACAGAGGGCAUCUAGUAGGCAGAACUCUAGGUAUGUCCUUGCACCAAAGCCUCAAGUUUCCUCAGGUCAGCGUGUUGGGAAGGAGUUGGUCAGUGAGCAACCAUCUUCCUCAACUCAUCAGAAGGCAGGAAGGCCGAAGACACAGGGACGUGUUUAUGUGAUGACUGAGGAGGAUGCCCAUGUUUCUAAUGCAGUAGUGUCAGGUACCUUAUCAGUUUAUUAUGUAUAUGCUUGCGCAUUAUUUGAUUCUGGAGCUACGCAUUCAUUUAUCUCGACUGUAUUUAUUCGUAAGCAUGCCUUGCCUGUUAUAACUGUGGAAUAUGAUUUGUGUGUCACCACCCCUGUGGGAGUUGAUGUUGUUCUUGAUGGAGCCUGUGAGAAUUGUCCUAUUAUUAUUGAUGGUCAUGAGUUGCUAGCUCGCCUGCAUGUUAUGAGCAUGAGUGAUUAUGAUAUUAUUUUGGGGAUGGAUUUUCUAUCUGCUUGUCAUGCUGUAGUUGAUUGUCAUGCAAAAAGGGUAGUCUUUAAAAUCCCUGGAGAAGCAGAGUUCACCUUUCAGACAGAGUUUCAUGCCACAAUGGUUGAUGAAAAACUAGAAGGGUCAAUGUUACAUGAUAUUCCAGUGGUUAGUGAGUUUCAUGAUGUUUUUCCUGAAGAUCUCCCUGGUCUACCUCCAGACAGAGAAGUGGAGUUUGUUAUUGAUUUAGUUCCAGGAACUAGCCACAUCUCUAAAGCUCUUUACAGGAUGGCACCUGCUGAAUUGAAGGAGUUGAAGAAGCAACUUAAGGAACUUUUGGAGAAAGGUUUUAUUCGACCCAGCGUUUUUUCGUGGGGUGCUCCCGUGUUAUUUGUGAAGAAGAAAGAUGGCACGUUGCGGUUGUGCAUCGACUACCGAGAGUUGAACAAGGUGACAGUGAAGAACAAAUAUCCAUUACCACGGAUCGAUGAUCUUUUUGAUCAGUUGCAGGGUUCCCAAGUAUUUUCCAAGAUCGACCUUAGAUCGGGAUACCAUCAGUUGAAGAUCAAGCCGGAAGAUGUGUCAAAAUCUGCGUUCCGAACUCGCUAUGGGCACUAUGAGUUCUUUGUAAUGCCGUUCGGCCGAGAAGAGCAUGAAGAGCAUUUGAGGAUUGUGUUGGGGAUCUUAAGGGAGAAUAAGUUGUUUGCAAAAUUUUCGAAACGGUUUGUGGAGGGGUUCUCAGUCUUAGCAGCUCCAUUGACGAAGCUUACAAGAAAGGAAACAAAAUUUCAGUGGUCUGAUCAGUGCGAGCAGAGUUUCCAAGAGUUGAAGCACCAGCUGGUAUCUGCACCUAUUCUCACACUGCCGUCUCCUGGUGGAGGGUUUAUCAUAUAUAGUGAUGCUUGCAAGACUGGUUUGGGGUGUGUUCUGAUGCAGAAUGGCCACGUGGUGGCAUACGGCUCAAGGCAGUUAAAACCUUUUGAGUCUGUUGCAGGUAUAUUGAUCAGCCUUGCAGCGUCCUGA